AUGGUUUGGUCGCCAUGUUUUGGCCCCGGUUCCUCUAGAAUCUAUCCUCAAUAUGACAUCUUCCAGACUCUAGAAUCUAUAGUGAUGUCACUCCUUUGCUUGAAACCUACCAGUGGCUCUCCAUUUCAGAGAUGUCAGCUUCAUGAGGCCAGGGACUUUUUGUUCACUGCUAGAUCUCCAAAGUCUGGAACAGACUUGGAACACAGAAACCUGUUCCAACUGACCCAGGAAGAAAUUCAGAUCUUGCUGGUGAGAGAAGGGAGAGAGAAGUUGUUUCUUCAGGGAAUCACCCUUGCAGGGACCAAAUGUUUGUUGAUCCGGGACAACCUAUACACUGAGGGCAACAACACCAUGGAUCUCCGCACCAAAAGCCAGAGUUGGGGCAGCCAAGCAGUGACAGUAGUUCAGGUCGAGUCUGUAUACCUUGUGGUGAUGGGACAAAAAGGAACAGAAGGAGGGCCUCUCAACUUCAAGGCUUUUGAGAUGGCGGGUUGUGUCAAGGAAGCCAUUCAUCAACAUAUGGCCCAUUUCUAAGUAAAUAAAAAGGCCUUGAUGUUUGACCUGGAA